GUGAGACGUUAACGACGAGUGGCGUGCUUAGCAGUGGCGCAUUGUUUUAUGAGUAACAUUUUGGAAGGCUUUCAACUUACCGCCUCCUCUGUUUGAUUGACUAUUUUUUUUUGCUGUUUGUCAAGAUGUUUGGCUUUCAUAAGCCGAAGAUGUAUCGCAGUCUGGACGGCUGUUGUAUCUGCAGGGCAAAGUCCUCCAGCUCUCGUUUCACAGACAGCAAACGCUACGAGAGAGAUUUCCAGAGCUGCUUUGGCCUUGGCGAAACCCGCUCUGGCGAAAUUUGCAAUGCUUGCGUGCUGCUGGUGAAGCGCUGGAAGAAGCUCCCGGUCGGGUCCAAGAAGAACUGGAAUCACGUGGUUGAUGCGCGAGGAGGACCCAGCCUGAAGACGACUGUGAGGUCAAAGAAGGUGAAGCCUCUUUCCAGAAGAAUCAGACCGAGUCAGAUCUGCCGAGUGCAGAAUGAACUAAAAAGAAACAACUCCGAUGCUCACAGCACAACCUCCAGCACCAGUCCCGCCCAGUCUCCUAGCUAUAGCAACCAAUCAGAUGAUGGAUCUGAUUCUGAGCUGGCUCCUGGCUCCAGCCGAUCACCGGUCUUUUCCUUCUUGGACCUGACAUACUGGAAAAGGCAGCGAGUGUGCUGUGGCAUCAUCUACAAAGGCCGCUUCGGGGAAGUGCUCAUUGACCCGCACCUCUACAAGCCCUGCUGCCAGAAGAAACAGGAUCGGGAGCGUGACGAUGACGAGGACGAGCAGGAGGAAGAGGAGGCUGACCUGGAGAAGGAAGAGGGCCCGUCCGGUCAGGCCAUGUUGGCUUCUCCGCUGCCGCAUGCCCUCUCGCCCCCUCUGCCAGUUAAAACGGAGGGCGAGGAAGAGGAGGAAGAAGAGUGGUGAGGCACCGGCCCCCAGGGGGACUGAGCCGGCAUUGUAGAGAAGCCACCGAGGUUGUGACGUGUUCGGGAGCUUCUAAACAAGUCCUCUCAGAUUGCCUUUGAUUCAAGAGCAGCUGAACUUUGUCUGAGAUUUUGGUUUUCUUUGUUAAUGUGUGCAUGUAGGGGGGUGUCUUCAUCUGUUGCUGUGAGUUUUCUUGUGUGGGUUUCUUUUAAAUUAAUUUUUAUAGGUCACGUUACUCUUUCAAGACUUCUGGUAUGCUGUUUUUGAUUUCGCUCAAGUCUGAUUCUCACACCGAUCAAUUUGAUCAACUGAUUUUGUUUUGAUUAGUUCUGUUUGUACUGUUCAGUAUGCUGGAUCUGCAUACAACGCAAAGAUGUUGGAGCUCAGUCCAUGGAGAAGUCUGCUUUGAUAGGUUUUUCUUUACACAGUUGCAGCACGCUGUAAUGAAACCUUUUGCAUUAUCGUCUGUCUCGUUAAUCCUGCUUGGGCUUGUUGUUGUGUGUGUGUGUGUGUGUGUGUGGUGUUUUUUUUUUUUAAUUCUUUUUCUGGAGGCUUGGAACUCAGGCUUGAGCACUGAUUUCAGUGACUGUUCUUUCCCUUCCAGUCUGACCUCAGACAUUGUAGGCCAGUUAGCAAAACGGAUCCCACGUCCAGUGUUUCACUGCACAGUUUAUUUUACUCAGCGUUAGUGGUGCUGAGACAAGCCAAGCAAGGCCAACCAAAAGAAUGAAACGUGUGUGGAUCUAUAGACACACACAUCAUUGCUUACUAGUGUAAAUAUUUAGAGCUGUAUGUUUUCAGCAGUUAUAUCCAUGUCAUGCAUGAAAUCUAAUCAAACCCUUUUCCUAAAGAGAAUCUGCAUGAAUACUGCAUGGCCUUCUAAAGACUUUCAGAUUUUUUUUUUUUUUUUUUUUGCAUUUAGUCUUUGAUGUUCUGGGUAGGUUUUGAUACAGCUCUAAUAAAUAUAUAUUUUUAUAGAUAAAACAAAUAAAAGAGAAUGAUAAAAAAAUUAAUUCAUCACUAACAUGUGAUGUGUUAAACAUUUUCAUUUAUGGACUCUGGCAUGUCUCAGUCAAUAUUUCAGUCAGUCAAAUUUCAAAUCAUGAUUCUGAAGUUAGAUAAAUCAUCAAGGGGGUUUUAUUUAUUUAGUUCACUGAUACACUCACUUUCACACAGUACCUCCUGUCUUUUAGUUCUGCAUUUGUAAAUACUGUACUGAAAACUGCAUUUUACAGUUUUCUAAGGAACAAAAAUAUUUUGGGUCAUUUGUGUAUUGUGAGAUACAUGGGGUUUUUUGUUUGUUUUUUUUUUGGGGGGGUGGGUUCUUCAGCGUUGUUGUUGUUGUUGUUAUUAUUAUUAAUAUUAUUAUUAUUAUUUCCGUUCUGUCAAAAUACUGAAAGUCAAUUUCCCCAGUAUGCUUUUCAUUUUAUAUUGUAAGAUAUUUAGUACUUUUUAAACUGUCCAACUUUUCCUCUCUAGAUCUAGAAUUCUCUCAAAUGUAUUUGCCUCAGAUAUGUACAACAAAUCUUACAUCCUUCAACUGCAUGUAUUUCCUUUGCAUUCAGAAUGAGGGCACUAUAGAGUAGAUAUUACCCUUUAAUAUGCCUUCAGCAUAUUCACAAUAUUUUCACAGACAUGAUUAAUUAAUUAAUCUCUUACAAUCUGAUUCCAGUACAGUUUUUUAUGGUUGUUUUAGAAGUGAAUGGAAUAUUUACAACUAGCAUUUGGUCUUUUGAGUCAAAAUGAGUGUUGGGAGAAAGGCUGGUUUUAGUUGCUAACUCAGGAAAUAAGAGAAUAAUUAAUCAAUUCGGUGUUAUAAGUGGAGCACCUUAAAUAUUGUUUUAUCACAAAAACAUUUACGCAACACUUAAAUAUGUUUUGUUCUCGCCAGGUCUUGAAUGAACCUUAUUUUUGGCCUUUAUAAACUGGUGGUUUUUAUCAGAGAAGGCAGCUCUAUGGCUUGGACACUGAUAUAUUACAGAACGCCAUAAGGAUGUCUACAGGUUUCCUAAUUUCAGCUAUUGCAGUGCACAGGGGCAGUUCUAAAUCUCUGGAAUUCUUACAACUCUGUCACAGUAUAUUAAUCCAUUGUUUGUAAAUACUUUAUGAUGUUUUGAACUGAACAGUUAUGAUAUUCUCUGUGUAUUAUUUAUUUUCAUAUUUAUUUGCAACACUUGUCAUGUUUUUAAAUCUCAUUAAUUUUCAUGGCACCAAGAGCGAUUAAUCAUAACCCAGCUCGUGAUAUUAACAGAUUUCACAUAUCAAAUGUAUCCUGGUAUGAAGAGUGUCUGGCUCUGAUUUUGUUUGCAAAGACAAGGAAUAUGCUGAAUAUAAUUGUAUUUUAUGAUUUUUCUUCAGGUAAAAUCAUGCCCAAUACCUUACUUUCCUUCAGGCUAGUCCCUUAGUUGUUGUACUCUACAGGCAUGUAUGGUAGCUAUGCACUUUGUAUCGACCUUAUUAGAGAUAUAUGAAGCAGGUUUUGUAUUUUUUUACAUACUCUACUUUUUACUUGUUCCUCAAUAAACGUAGCUUGUGAUGUUA